AUGGACCACGAAAGGCUAGAAGGCAAUUCAAAUCAUGGAAAGAGAGCACGACCUUUGCUCUUGCAGCCGAGUCCGAAGGUUUCUAGGGUGUCCACCUAUGCGGGCUCAUCUUCCAGUAGCGUUCUCAAAAACUCUAAAAAAAAUUCGCCCAAAAAACCAAAGAUUAUGUACAAUAAAAGUGAUGUGCCAGCACCAGGCACCCCUGUUCCUGACAAACAUGUCCGCAAGGCGGGGCCCUACUUGCUCGGGCCCAAGUUAGGGCCGAGCCCUGUGAAAAGCAUAGUACAAUGUUUAGCAAGAAAAGAGAGAACUGAUGACUUUUAUCAGAUUAAAAUUUUGACAUUAAGAAAUGAGAGUCAAAGUGAAACACAAGAUGAUAGGCAAGGAAAAAUGUUGUUACACACGGAAUAUUCUCUUUUAUCAUUAUUAAAAGACCAAGAUGGUGUUAUCCACCAUCAUGGUCUGUUUAAAGAUCAUGCUUUAGAAGAAGUGCCAAAUCCCUGUGGUCCAGGGUUUGUAUAUACGGGCCGAGUGAGACAAAGGUUGUUCCUAGUUCUGGACUGUGUCACCUCCCACCAGUUCAGUGAGAAGGGUUCUGAGCUCAUAAACCUUCAGCAGUACGUCACCAAAGUUAAAAAGGUUCCAGAGAAGGAGGCAAUACUUAUAUUCUAUGAUAUAGUUAGGGUUGUUGCUAAUUUGCAUAAGAGAAACAUAGUUCACAGAGAUUUGAAGCUCGGCAAUAUAGUGUUGAAUCAAAGAACUGGUCGCAUCACAGUUACUAAUUUCUGCCUCGGUACACACCUUGGUAGCGAUAGAGAUUUGCUCAAAGACCAGAGAGGUUCCCCAGCGUAUAUAUCGCCUGACGUUUUGCUCUGCAAGCCUUACUCUGGCAAGCCUUCAGAUAUGUGGGCGUUAGGGGUAGUUCUGUACACGAUGCUGUACGGCCAGUUUCCGUUCUGCGACUCAAGUCUGGCACAACUGUUUACGAGAAUACAAGCGGCUUCAUAUAACAUACCACCGGAUGGCAACACAGUACAAGUGUCGGACAACACAGUAUUUUUAAUUCAAAGACUGCUGGUUAAAGACCCCAAACAUAGAUUGUUAGCUGAUGAAGUAUUAGAUCAACUGUCAAGCAUCAUAGCAUCAUACGUGAUAGUGCCCAAUCCACCAGAAGAAUUGCAAGUGGUCCCCGAUGUGCCAUUAGAUGAAGACCCCAAAGAUAAGACUCCAAAUGGGGUACAGUGUUCCAAUGAAUUGGAUAGAAGACCGUUCUUGACCAUUCCUGAGAACAACGAGAGGACGCCUGCAGCCAAUGAGGAACUGGGCGUCGUGUGCGUCGGUCUACCUGAACUCCUGGCGCUGGGCGUCAGAGGGACGACCAUAGGGUCCGGCGGCGGGGUCAGCUCGGGGGUGGGGGGCGUUGGCGGCGGGGUCGGCGGGGUCACGGGGGGCAUCAGCAGCCUGGCCGUGGGGAGUGGCCGGCCUAGGGCUUGCGUGCAGCGCGUGGGGAGGGACGCUAGACCGCUCAUGCCGUGUGAAGUCGCCAGAUACCAACACAUGUUCACGAACAGCCAACACUCUCGGCCCGAACCGCGGCGGGACACGACAUAUGUGCCCGAACCGAGGCAAGAACCCACCUCCUCUCGCCUACGAAGCUUAGCGCAGAGAAUCCCUCGACUAACCACAGAUUUCAGAGUAAUCCCUUGGUCGGAACGCGCCAGAAACGACCGAUGGGAUGCCAACGAUUACGUUUUAAGAUUACCCGUUCUAGAUCUUUCUAGAAUGCAUGCGAACAGGAUAAUGAACCCUGUCCCGGUGCAUUCUGUGAAUCCCGAAGCGGUUGUUAAUAAUCCUAGACCACCGGUGGAUAACCAGGAUGAAUUCAAUUUGAAUUAA